AUGUCGACCGCCCUCGCGCACUCUCGUGCGUACAUCGCGCCAGCAUCGCCCGGGCUCAGCGCGCGCGCGACGUCGCGCCGUCGCGUCCGCGCGAGAGUCGCGUUCACCCCGAUGGCCAAGGGGCAAAAGGGUGUCCGCAAGGUUGUGCAAUCGGGCGCCGGCGCGCUCUCGUUCAACCCGGGCAGCGUCCUCUCCAAGAUGAUGAACGUCACGAAGAACAAGAUCAACUGGAAGAUCCUCGAUGAUGCCGCGGAUAAGCUCGACGGAGAGCUCGCGUCCCAGCCCAUCCUCGGCCUCGUGCGCGCCGAGGUCACCAUCAGGGGCAUCGACGCCCUCGAGCGCGAAGGCCGCGGAUACAAGGAGUACAUCCUGCUGAGGUCCCUCGGGCUCAAGGCCUGGUUCACGCACGCCACGUCGCGCGCGGGCGUCCACGACCCGCUCACGCGAUGCGCGGUGGGCAAACGCCUCGCCGAUCCGGACGGCGAGUUUAACAUCUACCGCAGGGUCCUCGCGCACGCGCCCGCGGCGGCGGCGGGGGACUGGACAAAGUUCGCAGACGGCCUCGCGGGGGACGCUAAAGCGGCUGCGGCAGCGCUCACCGACGACGAGCGCAAGACGGCCAAGAACAGGUACGACACGUCGGUCGACGCGACCGCGUUCGCCGCGAUCGACGACGGCGUCAAGGCGGCCGCGGCUGUGUGCGCGCGGGCGCAAAGGGGCGACGACGCGGUGGCGACGGCGGUGCCGUUACCGUGGGUCGACCCCGGCGCGUGCCCCGUCGUCGACGCUAAGUCGCCGGCCGGUGACUCACCGGCCGGUGACUCACCGGGCGGUGACUCACCGGGCGGUGACUCACCGGAUGGCGACGGGGAGGACUCCGUCGAGUCGAUGUUCGGCAAGAAGGCCAAGAAGAGGAACAAGGCGAGGUCGGCCGGGACCGGAUCGGUUGCCAAAUCCGUCGGCGGCGCGCCCCCCUCGCUGGACGCGAUGUUAUCCCAGCUCGCGAAGAAGCAGCAGGAGCCGACGUUCCCGGAGGUUGACGCCUGGAUCACGAAGAGCGGGCAGGCGACCGCGUCCGAGGCUGUCGCGACGGCGCUGGCGCUGUGCCUGGAGGCGCCCGCGGACUCCGUCGUGGUGGCUCCCUCGGCGCUCUUCGCAUCCGCGGUUUCCUUCGACACCGGUUCGCUUGGCUCGGGCCGACGGAUCGUCUCCCCGAACGCGGCGGCGAGCGGGAAGACGGAGUGGGGCGACCGCGCGAUGUUCGUGACGUUCGAGCCGGCGGCGGGCGGGGGCGGGGGUGACGGGGGGAUGUUGGCGAAGGGGGUCGCGGCGGCUGCGGGCGCGGGGUGCGGGGUGUGCGUCGUCGUCGUCGCGUUGGGUUCCGGCGAGGCGGCGGUUGACGCGGUGAGGACACGGGCGAAGAUCUGA